AUGUUGAACGAAACUACCUCACCAUCAUCAUCCUCACCUUCAUCCCCACCAUACUAUGUCCUUUCCUCUGACACCGAACCCUCUGACCCCCAAUCCCCCACUCUAGCUCAGCUUCAAGCUCGUGCUCUAGCCUCUCAACAGCCAUCACAACCUGAACCUGAACCAGAAGUCACUUCUGCACCCCCUAAACAACAAAAUCCAACUACAUCUGAACAACCACAAACACCACCACCUGCACAACAACCUAAUCCACCUCCUGAACAACCUAUACCCUCACCAUCUGAACCUCAACCAAAUCCACAACCUGAACAAACAACAUCAUCUCCCUUUGUUAUUCCCCCACCACAAACCUUUGUUGCCAUCAUCACUCUUAUUCUAAAUACAAAUGACACCAACCAAACUCCACAUUCCUCCCCAGCCUCUAACUUUGAACCAGAAACUGAUGAGGAAAAGGCUAGGAAGGAAGCAGAAGAGAAAGCUCGCCUGGAAGAAGAGCAGAGGAUCAGAGAAGCUGAAGAAAAGGUUGUUGCUGAAGUUGUGAUUGCUGCUGAGGCUGAGGCAAAAGCAAAAGUCGACGUUGAAGAAGUAGCACGCAUUGCUGCAGAGGAAGCUGCCAAGGCCAGGGCUGAUGCUUUGACUCAGGAGGAGCAAUCUAACUUUGGUUUUGCCCCUCUGGUCUUAAAUUCUCUAGAGGAAUUGCAAAAGGAACAACAAGUGUGUAGUGCUACUAAGUGCAGUGCUACUAAAGUAUUUUACUUUUUGUUUGUAUGCAAGGUCAAGACAAUCAUGCAAGAUGGCAUUUAUGCUACAUUGGUGAAGUUUGAAUCUUAUUCAAAGGAACUUGCAGCAAAAAUGCUCAUUUUGGAAAAUGCUAGAAAUUAUUCAGAUCCAGAACCUUACAUCAACACUGAUCAUUUAUGGGAAGAGGAGUCAUCAUCUCAACUUGAAGAAACCUUGACUCAAUUUAUAAAUAAGACUCAACUAAAUUUCGAGAAAAUCAAUAGGCAUAAAGAAACCGUGUGUCGUAACAUGGAAACAUCCUUCGAGAAUUUAGAGAUCCAAUUAGCAUUAAAACUGAGCUCUAGUGGGGAAUUCGAUGGAAAAGUUUUAGAUAGUCCUAAAUAUAGGGAAAUUGAAAGAGAAUUCAAACAAGAAUGUGAUGUCGUCGAUGAAGAAGGACUUGAAAAAGAGAAAGAAGAAGAAAUUUACACACCAUCUGAUAAAGAAAUAGAAGCAGGAAUAGAAGUAGCGGAGUUGAAAAAAGAUAUGUGGGACAAGAGCUAG